ACUUCAUAACGUAGGUAUAUAAUCUCGCAACGCAAAUUAGCAAUAUGUGGAAUAAUAUUCUUUUCUUUUAGUAUCACGGAUAAAUUAUAAUUUUGAAAAUGAAAAUAAUUAUAUUUUUGGUGCUAUCUUCAUUACUUAAAGAUGCAGAAUUGUUUUCGUUUGAUCAAUGUGGUGUGUCUGUCAAUUGUUUAACAUUACCUUCUGAUUGUACAAGUUUUACAUCAUGUAAUGCUGUUGCUCAAUAUUAUUAUAAUAAUGUAACUUUGAGGUUGGAAAUACAACUUUCUUCUAUAAAAAGAUGGGUUGGCUUUGGUCAAGUUUUAAGUACAGCAUCGACUGACAUGACCAAUUUAUAUGGUGCAUAUUGCAUCUUAGGAAAUGAUGGAAAUCCUAAAUUUGGUUUGUUCAAAUCAUUUGGCACUGGUUCUGUGAAUUAUUUAAAUACUUCUAAUGUUGCAUAUGUGACAUUGUUACAGACCAAUGUAAAUGGAUCUUAUUUCACUUGCUCGUACUCUCGUCCUUUAGAUGUAGGGAUGUAUGCUGACAGUUUGCUUCCACUUAAUGAUACAGAGUACAUAGCUGCUUUAGCAUAUGGAAGUAGUUUAACAAGCGAUGGAUUGUUAACAUACCACGAUAACAAAUUCUCUUCUGAUUAUACUAUAGAUUGGACUAUGAAUGGUAUGACAAGUGAUCCAGAUUAUGCUACAUCGACACCAAGUAAACCAGCUUCUGCUGCACCGACACCUUCAUCUGGGUUCGUUAUCAAAGCCUCGAUUACGUUAGCAUUUACAUCUUUAUUGGUUUUUCUGUUCAUCUAAAAAGAAAAUGGCGCAUUAAUGCUGCAAUCUUUGAUGAUUUGUAUAUAUAUAUUUUUUUUAAUAUUGAUUUUCCAACUAUUAAUUUAUACAUUUGUAUUAUUUGUGAUUUGUGAUUUGUGAUUUUUUUGAAAGGAAAUUUUUGCUAAUUGUAGUUUUAUUUGUCUAACAAAAAUAGUUUUUUUCAUUA